UACUCCUUUUGGGCGUCGAAUUCAGUGCGGAAGACCUGGACAGCAAUCCGGGACCGUAUUUAGAGAAUGCAAGUCCAGUGGGCUACAUUAUGUAGUCUCGAUACGAUAUUUGGUGGGACAGUUCGAAACCAUGGGGACAUUAUUGUGCAGGGGUCUGUGGAAAUCUCGGAAGGUGGUGACACGUGAAAUCAAAUGUUUUAUCAGAAAGUCGAUACUUAUUCCCCAACAUGAUAUCAACAAUGCUCAACGACAUCUCGGAUCCCCAUCCGCAUUGCUACCUUGCAAGUUUUCUGCCGCCAGAUCGGACCCGAGGCUAUGUAAGCUUACAACAGACCAGAUUUCAAGGAGAGAAACUUGAUAUCUGCUCUAAAGGGGGCUAGUGCACAUGGAGAGUGAGUUUGUUACAGUGCCAUUCAUUCUACCCUAUAUAGCGCAGACAGAAACCGUGUAUUGCGUCGCAUCUACUUUCAGUCCAAGACAUCUAAUGAUGGAAAUUGAUGCACCAAGAGGAGUACCUAAAGCAGGAGUCGCUCGAGCCAAUCUUGCGGUGUCGAAUGAGAACCCUUGCGGUUCUAAAGGACCUCACUACGAGAAGUUCAAAGAUUAUAGCGUGUUACAGCAACAUGUGAUUUUCUGGGACCGGGAUGGAGAUGGCAUCAUUUGGCCCUUGGAUACCUAUCGAGGCUUCCGAGAGCUCGGCUUUAAUAUUCCCUUUUCUAUAUUCGCGAUAAUGGUCAUCAAUGGUGGUUUCUCCUAUCCGACACGCCUCGCGCAUAGCGUGAUUCCAGACCCAUUCUUCCGAGUCUACCUGGACAGUAUUCAUAAAGCCAAACAUGCAUCAGAUAGCAACGUCUAUGACCACGAAGGGCGGUUUGUAGCUCAAAGUUUUGAGAAUCUGUUCGCGAAAUUCAGCAGCCCUGGUGCCAACGAUCUCUCUCUUAAGCAGAUAUUUAAUCUGAUGAGUGGUAACCGAUGUGCCGUCGAUCCUUAUGGGGUAUGUUGUUUUCUAUCACGCAAUUGAUAACCGUGAAAAGCUGGCUGACGUUGAAUAGUGGUCUGCUGCUUUCUUCGAAUUCGGAACCACUUGGAUACUGCUCCAGAGAAAUGGCAAAGUCCAGAAGGAAGAUCUCCGCCAGCUAUAUGAUGAAGAUACUCGCAGGGGUCACUCUUCUGG